UUAUAGGAAAUCCCCCCAUUGUGUGUGUGGCAGCUCAUAGUUAUCUGAUGCAGUAUACUGAAGACUUGCAAUGUCUUUAGCAGUAGGCUCAGUUAUACCUUGAACUCGUGUUGAUGGGGAAGCAGCUGUCAGAAUCAGAAUUGGCCCGCCAGUCAGUUCUGCUGUAAAUCAGGUCUGACCCAUGACUGAGUACUACGAGGAGGGGGGGCUGCUGUACGAGCAAUCACCUCCCAUGCACAUCAAAGUGGAGUCUCCGGAGGGACCCUUUGGAGGGGGAGCCUCAGAAAACGGCUUCCCCAGGGAGGAUGAGGACUCGGAGGGCAGCUGUGACCAGAACAGUGGAUUACCUGGGGGGCUCCCCUUCAAUGUGGUAGUGGUGCAUCCGAACAUCAUGGCACCCGGCAUGUCCUCAGAUGACCUCUUGUCCAUUGAACAAAACAGAGCUAUGUCAGCUGCACUGGCUGCUGGUGGUGCAGGAAAAAGAAAGAGUCGUUUCAGUGGAGCAGAGCUGGAGGUGUUGGUGUCAGAAGUCACUCGGUGUGAAGGAGAGCUCUUUGGCCCUGCGGGGAGGCUCAGGCGGCGGGAGAGAGAGCGCAUCUGGGCUGGAAUUCUAGAGAGAGUCAAUGCUGUGUCCAGAGUCCCACGUACUCUUCGAGAGGUGAAGAAGCGCUGGGACGACUUAAAGAGGCGCAAUGGAGGCAGGCUGGCAGAUGCCCGCCAUCGCAGCUGUUACCUGCCAUCCAGCAGAGGGGCCUCAAUGCUCGGACGUCCUUCCCAGCCAAGCCCCAGGCUUCAGCAAGCCAGGCAAAAGCAAAACAUCCGACCAAAGCCCAGUUUUCCAUGUUUCCCGGACUCAGAUACAGGUGUAGGGGUGGAAGGAUCAGAGAGAGAUGGUUUGGAGAAAGACGAGGACAAUCCUGAGCGUGAGAGAGACAUGGGAGAGCCUGAGUGUGAACCAGUAGAAAACAGCAUGGAGGACAAAUUAGGAUUAGGACUGGGUCUGGGAAUUGGACCACCCCCUCCAUCUGAACGCUGGCUGCCUCCUUCCCCACUCUACAGUGCUCCUUUUCUCAAUGGCAGUCCUCAGCCCAGCAGUCCUCAGCCAUCACUUGGAGCACAGCAGGGUCCUCUUGAAGCCCCUCCGCGCAGCUCCUGGCUUGAAGAUGAGCUGCGAGGGUUAGGAGAAGCAGCAAUUCAACUGGGCAAUCGGGUAGAAAAGAGUCUGCGGGAGUUUGGGGAAGGUUUCAGACAAGACAUGAGAACACUUGUUGCUUCGCAAGAAGCAUUAGCAGUCAGUCUACAACAAAACAAUGUCCUAUUACAAAGGCUGUUAGGAGUGCUUGAGGCCCAGCAACAACCACAGCCACAGCAACAUCGUGUACAACAAGCUCAUCAAUCACAAACAUCUCAACAGCACUUACAGCCACAGCCAGCUCUGCAGCAGCUGGAGCAUAUAGAACCACAGCAGCAGCAGCAACAACAACAACAACAACAGCGGAUUGAAACACCACAGCUACAGCAUCAGCAGCAGUCACACGUUGUACAGCAGCAGUCGCAACAGCACCAAACACAAAUACAGCAGCAGCCGCAGAUCACCCAACAUCCAAAUAAUCAGUCAGCUGUUGCUGUGGUACCUGCACCAUCGUCCCCUGACAUACGUGGCACUUUUCCCUCUGAUCCACCCACAGACACAAAUGGAAGUGUGCAGAGGCCAAGGCGAGGAAGAGCUGUUGAUCACAGGCGCAGAAGACGGCGCUGAGGAGAUAGCACUUAAAAACUCUGCACAUCAUCAUCAAAAUGUGACAAGAAAUUAUGCUCUUUUUCUGUUGACAGUAUUUCUGUGAAAAUAAACUGAGUUGUUUGGAAUUUUACUUCCCACUCCAAACCAGUGAUCCAUCUUACACAUAAAUUUGUCUUUGAAGAGGACUGAAAUGGAUGAGAAAAUUAGACACAUAAGAUAAUGGGUUGGCCUUAACAUUAGCUUGAUUCCUCAGAAAUACGUAUGUUGUGCUAAAAGACUUUGUGAGAAAUUUUGUGGAGUGAAAACUUCACUAAUCAGACUUUCAAUACCCAGACAACAACAUACUGUAGGUGCUGAUGUUUAGUAUGCGUGUUACUGUACAUGCUUUGCAGCAGAGCUGUGAAGCUCCUGAUGCUCUUGCUAGUUCAGUACUGUCUCAAAUCUCCUGAUACACUAACUACAUUGUCAUCAAGUACUUGUAAUCUGCAGUUGUUACCAUACAUUGUAGUUAUACAGCUAUUGUAAUUACCUGCUAAUGUAUGCUUGUGCUUUUUUAAGUGUCAUGGCAUAAACUUUUCCAACUUUGGUUGGACAAUAAAGUUAGACUGUGUUCUGUUCAGUGCGUUUUGAGGCAAAAAUGUUACAUUUUAAAAAGUUCACCAGUUCUGGUGAUAUGAAAAACAAAAACAAAAAGAACAAAAAAAAAAAAAAACAUCAGACAUAAACCUCAGAGUAGGCUUCAGACUUUAAAUCAUAUGUUUCUGGUGGAACUUAAACGCAUACAUAAGUAUGUGGGGGCUAUUUAUUAUAAUCUUGCAUGCAGUAUGGUGGAUGUGUUUGUAGAUAGUUGCUAAGAAACAGCAUAUUGCCAUCAUCUACGUAGUUUUGCACAAGCUAUAUUUUGUAGAUAGCUACUGUUCCGAUGAAAUGUAACUAAACUUUAAUAAAAGCCAGAUAUGGAUCGCAAAUAAA